UUCUCUCUCUCUCUCUCUCUAUAUAUAUAUAUAUAUCUUCCUCUUUCUCUUUCCAUUGUUGUCCGAAGAUAGAAAGAUUUCAUAGUUCUACCAAGAACAUCUGUAAAACCCUAUUAUUUGCCUGAAAGAUUUCUAGGGUUUGUGUUUGAUUUUGAUGAUCUAUCCCCCUACUCCGUGAUUCUUGUUGUUUGGCCUGUAUAAGCAAGCAAGAAAUUGGUUUUGAAUAGAGGAUUCAGUGCAAGGCUUUUUCUAAUUUGUGAAAUUAGGGUUUGAUUUCCAAGAAACAUCAAUGUCGACACAGAAUCGGCGUUUAUCAGUUUCUUCUUCGACCAAAAGGUUUACUAACACAACAAUGGCAGAAAAUCCGAGUAAGGCGCUGCCAAAUCCUGUUGUAUCACAGCAGAUCAAGAAAAGAGUUCCUCUUGGGAGCUUGACGAACCAGAGUAACAAUCCUAUUGUAUCUCGAAAGCCUAAUGCUCCUACACGGAAUAAUAAGGUGGUACCCUCUGCGGUCCCGAUUCCAAAGAUAAAGAAGGAACCUUCUACUUUUGUUCGCAGCACGAGUUUGCCUCGGAGUUCUGUUUCUUCAUCAACAUCUGUAAAAACAAAUGUGGUCAGCCAUAAUAAGGGUGCUUCUAUUGCAACUAAAGAUAGACCAAUAGAGACUAUUAUCCCCCCUCUUGUGCCAUGUAGAAAGGAUAAUUCUCCUAGCAGAUCAGAUGGAGGUUCAGUUUCUAUGGAUGAGUCUAUGUCGACUUGUGAUUCCUUAAAGAGUUCUGACAUUGAAUAUGUAGACAAUAUCGAUCCUUUAGUGGUUGACUCUAUUGAAAGAAAAGCAGGUAACAAUUUCCACAUCUCAAAGCACAUAGAGGCAGAAAAUCUCUGCAAGCGUGAUAUAUUUGUAAAGCUGGGACCAAAUGAUAAAAUUGUUGAUAUUGAUGGCAAUCAUGAAGAUCCCCAAUUCUGUACAACUAUUGCCUGUGAUAUAUACGAAAAUUUGCGUGCGUCUGAGAACAAGAAAAGGCCCUCGAUAGAUUUCAUGGAACGAGUGCAAAAGGACAUCAAUGCCAGCAUGCGUGCUAUACUAGUUGAUUGGCUUGUGGAGGUUGCUGAAGAAUACAGACUUAUACCUGAUACACUGUAUUUGACUAUCAAUUACAUAGAUAGGUAUCUUUCUGGAAAUGCGAUGAACAGGCAGCAGUUGCAGUUGCUUGGUGUUGCUAGCAUGAUGAUAGCUUCCAAGUACGAAGAAAUUUGUGCGCCUCAGGUGGAAGAGUUUUGCUACAUAACAGAUAAUACAUAUAUCAAGGAGGAGGUGCUGCAAAUGGAAUCUAAUGUUCUGAAUUACUUGAAGUUUGAAAUGACAGCUCCAACGCCUAAAUGUUUUCUUAGGCGAUUCAUCCAGGUUGCUCAAGGAGGCAAUGAGGUUUCGUCAUUGUUGCUGGAGUGCCUCGCCAACUAUGUUGCUGAGCUAUCACUACUUGAGUAUGGAAUGCUAGGUUACGCACCAUCCUUAAUAGCUGCUUCGGCUGUUUUCUUGGCAAGAUUUAUACUGGCACCAGCCAAAAGACCUUGGAAUUCUACUUUAGGUCAUUAUACACUUUAUCAGCCUUCGGAGUUGUGUGAGUGCGUUAAGACACUACAUGGUCUUCUAUGCAACAGCAAUAGCAGCAGUUUGCCUGCUAUCCGCGAGAAGUACAGUCAGCAUAAGUACAAGUUCGUAGCGAAGAAGUACUGUCCCCCUUCAAUACCUUCAGACUUUUUCAGCAACUGAAGUUAUUAUUCGAGAUCAAAUCCAAUGCUUCGUUGGAGAGACUACAUGGAGUUAGCAAGUUCACUCUACUUGCUCUGAUCAGCUUCCCACUGUCCAGCUGGCUUUAGGAAAGAUUGUUUAUACUGCCUCAUCUGUUUGCUAAAAAUCUCCAGAUGGUCAUCUUAGGAGUUUUUUGUUGUAUCCCGAUUUAUCAUUGUACAGUAGUAUAUAGUGUUCUUCUACCAAAUUAGUUUCCUAUAAAUGAUCAUUCAUCUGUAGGAGAUGGAUCUUUGCUAAAUGUACUCGACAUCACAAGUUCAUCGAAUGUAACACGGAGUAUGACCUUGCUUUCAUCAGUAAUUAGAUUUUCUUGUUGGUUUUUUUCC